UUCCGCGCCUCCGAAGAAGGGAGGAGCCUCGGCAGCGAGAUCGACGGAGACCGAGAGACUCCAGAAAGAGCUUCGCCGGCUGUCCUCUGUGAGGCGCGAAGAGGAAAUCGAGGUCGAGAGGAAGAGAGAAGAAAAACGAAGACACUGGAUGCAAACGAAGAAAAUGAACGCCGCGUUUCCUCGAAAGAAACAUCCCCGCGCGUUGCCCUUUGCGUCUUCAGGAGACGGAAAAUUCGCGGGAACAUGACUAAAGACUUUUUUUUCUACACAUGCAUGCAUGCGAGUUUUUCGACAAAACGCAUGUGCUGAUCGCAGCCAGCGGCAACGUUCGCCUAUCGUCGCUUCGCCACUCUAAAAAAGUUCCUUUCUUCUCGCCGGCACAGUCUUCACUCUUCACCCUGCGUCCUAACUCGCAGAGAGAACCUGAGAAGCGCUGUGACUCGGCAAUGGAAACUUCGGAGAGCCUUGCGGCUGCGCUCGCGGAGGCAGACGAUCCCCUCUCUCCGGCAGCCGUGAAGGAGGCUUGCUUCCGGAGGCGACGAGACUCGGAGGAGACAGAGACGCUUUCCUGCGAAGAAGACGGUGGCACUAAAGAAGAGCUGUCCUGGUCGGAGGCGCUGGACAUGCUGGUGGGCGCGAGCCCAAGGACAGUGUGGAGAACCGUCAACUACUGCGUCCCCGUCCUCUUGCUCGUUUCUCUCUUUCUGCUCCACCUUACGCGACAUGACAAGGACUUGUUUUGGCUUCUAUCCGGAUUCAUCGUCCUUCUCCUCGCCUUCGCUGCGGCUCUCAACUGGACCCUGUGGCAAGUUCUUCCGCCAGAAGAGGACGGAGAAAGCUCUUCAUUUGAGUCCGACGAAGUCCGCGGGGAGACUCUCAGCAAGAAACGAAACUGAGGCACAAGAGCAGAAAGGCGGUUGACUGGCUUCCAGCUGUAUCCCUCAGCUCGAUUCUCGUUUCCUCCUUUUGCUUGCUUCGUUCUCUGCUUCGUCCUUUGUUCUUUGGGGUGGCUCUGCGCCUUGUGCGUCGUUCCGCCUCUCGGCCUUCUGCGACGUAUCUCUGAGCUCCUCGCUUGUUCAGACUCUCUUCGUGAACGACGAAGAAGGGGAGACAAAGUUUCUGUUGGGUCAGCAUGCGCGUCUCCACCGAGCCGGGGAGAAUUUGGAACUGGAAACUGCUUCCGGUGAUGGAGACAUUCCCUCGUAGAAGUCGCGGUGUUUAGGAGUCCAAGCAAGCGAAGGAAGCGAGAGACGAGAGAAUUGCUUUUCACGAAGAAAUAAAGGGUGUCCUAACGCCUCUUUGCAGAUGAAAGGCGAAGUUACUGUUUUUCGGAAGCGCAGGAACUCCCAGGUUUUGCAGGAUUUUUUGUCAGAGAGUCCCUGAGAGACGAGCAAAAUGUCUGCAAGGGAAAAGCGUGGGUUUCACCAGGGUGUUUCUGCACUUUGGACAAGAGGCGAAGCAAAUCGGCCUUGCACAGGACCGUCCUGACAAGCUCGUUGUACGCCUCUGUAGGUCGUUGUGUCUUACCGC